CGAUUCGAUAACUCAUCUUUGGUUUACAGAUCAUGCCAUGAGACACCUGCAUUAUCAAUGGAGAUCAGAGCAUCCUACGAGGUCGAUCGAAUGCUUGGCAAUGGAGAAGUCAUCGGAAAACUUCAAACAUCGUGGGUUGGGCUACUCGAUCACGGGGAUGAGCCAUUUGAACUUCCUGUCCCUGUCUGUGGUGUCUACCCAUCGCUCACGCUGAAGGCCACUGUUGUACAUGCUUGCGGCAAUCAGGACGGCGCGCUAAUUGAUUCCCUGGUAGACUGCGAGAUUGCUCGAGAAACAGAUGCGGGCCAUGUACGAUUCGCCAGAUACAUGAGACGCAAGAGGGUCUCUCACUUGAACAAUGCUGUAGAGCGUUUUCAGCUGGUUCUUGGCCGUUGUCCGGUUGACCACCCUCACCACGCAGCGGCUCUCACCAACCUCGCGUGGGCCCGCCUUCAAGGCUAUAUUCAAAAUUAUCUUCAAGACAUUGAUACCACCACUUCCCUCUUCCGCAAAGCCCUUGCAUUGCGUCCGCAGGGCCACACAGAUCACGCACUAUCUAUCUAUAAUCUCAUUUUCGCAUUGAACCGACGCUACAGCAAGGAGCGCACCGCCGUCUCUAUUUACGAAUCUGAGCUACUGUGCUGCAAGCUACUGCCGCUCUGUCCAGAGGGCACCUACCUUCGUAGCAUCGGCGUAGGCAGUGUGGUUGAUUAUAUGGUCGACGAACUUAAAAGCGAUGAUAUUCCAGUUGAUGCAUCCAAUGAAGGCAUUCACCGUCAGCGAGUCGUACUCGAGUUCUGUCCUCUGGGCCAUGAAUACCGUCCCAAUGCCCUCGACAACCUUGCACAGGCAGUUGAGGCACGCUUUGACCAGCAUGGCAGCAUUGACGAUCUGGAAGAGAGCAUACAACUUGGUCGUGAAGCCGUUUCUCUGUGUCCCGAGGGACAUUCUUACUAUAGCACCUACCUGAAUAACUUGGCCAUCUCACUUGAAUCCCGUUUCGGUCAUACAGGCAAAUCUCAUGACCUCGACGAGGUCAUAUCCAUUAACGAAGAAGUGCUGCGCAUGCGCCCUGUUGGGCACAAAGUUCGUGAUUUCUCAUUGGGCAACCUAGGGGGCGCCCUCCGCACCCGUUUCAAAAAUCGCGGUGAUGUUGACGACAUCAACCGAGCUGUCAGUCUCUAUCGCGAGGCACUGAUCUUGCGCUCACCUGGGCAUCCACGUCAUUCCACCGCGCUAAACAACCUUGCCAGCGCGCUCCAAAACAGAUACGACACAUUGCCUGUCAUCGAAGAUCUUAACGAGGCCAUUGAUCUAUAUCACAAAUCCCUUCGGUCAAUGCGGCUUGAUCAUCGAGAGCGCCAUAGAGUUCUUUUCAAUUUGAGCUCGGCACUCUGCUCUCGUUUCAAGCGAACUCGGAAUAAUGCGGAUGUUGAGGAUGCUAUUCGACUCUGCCAAGAGUCAUUGGUCGCCCUGCCUUCACUGCACCCAGAUAGAUGUCACAGCUACUGGUCGCUGCAGGUGGCAUAUCUAGUGCAAUACCAAGUGCACCACAACCUCGCUGAUUUGUCACUCGCUGUGGAAAACUUCAGACUGGCAUCAACACACCCUACGCAGGGCUUUCCAGAACGCAUUAAAGCAGCCAAGCACUGGGUUGCUGCAGCAGAAGAGCACAGCCAUGCCUCUGGACUGGAGGCUUACUCAGUGUUUUUCGAGCUUCUGGAUGCUCAUUUGACAACACGGCCAUCGCCAGCUUCACGGCGCGAAGCUGCUGCUGCAUUUCAUGAUAUCUCAAGACUACCUGUAGAUGCAGCAUCAUGCGCCAUACGCCGUGACAACCUCCGACGCGCAGUCGAACUGGUGGAGCAUGGCCGUGGCCAACAGUGGUCGUUGGCCUCUCGCCUGAGGAGUCCGCUCGAAGACCUCCAGUCCACGAAUCCCAAGCUAGCUCACAAAUUCUCGGAGCUUAGCAGACACCUUUCGGACGCUCAGGGUUCUGCAACUAUUUUGGACAGAGCUGCAGCUGAAGCAGCAGAAAUAAAGUACAGGAGAAUAACCACACAAUGGGAGACUGUGGUAGCUGAGAUACGCAAUGUUCAAGGUUUCUCGCGGUUCCUGCUCCCACCUUUGUAUGAAGACUUGCAAGCGGCAGCGCGCCAUGGCCCAGUCAUCAUCCUCGUUGCAAGUAAAUGCUCAUGCAGCGCCAUCGUUGUCCCGACAUCUGGAGAGCCCCAUCACGUUCGCUUCCCGCGCGUCACUUUCGCAGAUCUGGAGAAGCUCAAGGACGACUUUGCUACGGCAAUCCGGCACGCGGCUCGUAUGCACCCAGCGGAACCAAGGAAGAAGCUGCGAGUGCGCUUGCGGAUAUUAUGGGACGAGAUCAUGCUACCCAUCGUUAACGUCCUCCAGCAUGACCUAGAAUUGCAGCAUCGGUCUCGAAUAUGGCUGUGUCCAACGGCAGCCUUUACGUCCAUCCCUCUCCAUGCAGCUAAUCCCUUCCGAACGAACGCAGAUCGCUCUGGAAGCGAGCCAUGCCUGGAGGAUCUCUACAUCUGCUCUUAUACACCUACACUUUCAGCUCUCAUUAGAGCUCGGCAGGCGAUGAAGACGCGUGUGACUCCGUCCUUCGCAGCGAUUGGACAAAGUGAACCAGGCGCAGGGCAAGGCGACGUGCUCCCGGCUGUCGACAGCGAGCUUGAGCUUGUCCAUACACUCAUCCCUCCCAACAUCAAGUUCACUAAUAUUUCAAAAGACGAAGCCACACAAGCAGGUGCGCUUAACGCUUUGCAGUGCAACACCUGGGUGCACCUCGCUUGUCACGGCAAGCAAGACCUUGAGCAGCCUUAUAACUCAUGUUUUGCCAUGAGAGACAAACCUGUUACGCUGCUCGACAUCAUGGAGAACAACUCUCCGCAAGCUGAAUUCGCAUUCUUGUCAGCGUGUCAUACCGCCGUCGGCGAUGAGGAGACACCCGACGAAGCCAUCCACCUCGCAGCUGGACUCCAGUUUUCGGGGUUCAAGAGUGUCGUUGGCACGCUGUGGGGUGUCAAUGACGCUCUCGCAAAACACGUUGUGGAAGCUUUCUACGAGAAGAUGUUCGAGGAUCUGGAGGACGGUGUCUUGGACUGUACGAAGGCAGCCUGGGCACUCAACCGUGCUACAAACGCCGUGAUGACGAAAGUGCCGCUCGAGCAGAGGAUGGUGUUUAUUCAUAUCGGUGUGUAGUUUUACUAUGUUGUGCUGCUUUCGUCUGGCACAGAUUUACGAGUCAUUAAUUCUCUACCCUCCUGGUCACGGUGUACAUGAAGUUAUUAUAAAUAUAUUAUUCUGAUAAUCUCGCGGUGCAGGCAUCUUGCUUUUGCAUAUACAUUCUCUCUCACAUUGUUGUCUACUUUACCAAAGUCAU